CAAUUGUAUUAUCUGCCGAGAAAAAGUGUCUGAACACCUCCGAAAAACGUGGAUCCGACGUGGAUAUCUGAUCUGUCGACCAAUCCAGUUCAUCCUAACGUAUCUUUCCUUUCCUUUCCCGAUCCGCGUUGAAAAACCUUUUUUUCGUCUCCAAUACUCAAAAAACCCCAAAGCCAUCAUCUUCUGCAAUAAGAAAUUCUAAGAAAUGGUGGUGGUAAAUUCAAUCCACAGUCCUCAAUCUUCUAUUACUAUAAAUGGGCAGCUUCUCCAUUCACCCUUCUCCCAUCAAUUCAUAUCAUCUCUUAGUUUGUUAAAGCCUAAUCCGUCUAUUAUUUUAUCAGCAUCUCAUUUGUCCCUUUUCAACUCUGUCGUCAAGAACAGAUUUUUAUCAGUCCCUCGGAUUUUAUCAUACAAGGACAGUCAAAGAGAAAUGACGAUCAAGCCGGCUUUUAGAAUUACAGAGAAGAAGCUGGUGGUGCUUAAAGACCAUGUCAUAUUGACAAACGUGCCUGAAAAUGUGAUUUCCACUUCGGGUUCUGAUUCGGGUCCGGUGGAGGGAGUGUUCUUGGGUGCAGUUUUCGAUCAAGAAAGCAGCCGCCAUGUGAUUUCAUUGGGAACAUUGCGUGAUAUCCGGUUUAUGGCGUGUUUUAGAUUCAAGUUAUGGUGGAUGGCUCAAAGAAUGGGUGACAGGGGAAGUGAUAUUCCUCUGGAGACCCAAUUUUUGUUGGUGGAAACCAAAGAUAUUGAUGGUGAGAUUGUUUAUACAGUUUUUCUUCCUUUAAUUGAUGGUCCAUUUAGGGGUGUUUUGCAAGGGAAUUCCCAAGAUGAACUUGAAUUGUGCUUAGAAAGUGGGGAUAGUGAUACUGUUGGGUCGACUUUUACUCAUUCUGUUUAUGUUAGUUCUGGAACUGAUCCUUUUGUGGUCAUUAGUGAGGCAUUUAGAGUAGUUAAAUUACACCUUAACUCAUUCAGGCAAAGGCAUGAAAAGAAGCUGCCCGGGAUUGUUGAUUAUUUUGGAUGGUGUACUUGGGAUGCAUUUUACCAGGAUGUGACUCAAGAAGGUGUUGAGGCUGGCCUUCAGAGCCUUUCUGCCGGCGGGACGCCUCCCAAAUUUGUUAUCAUCGAUGACGGAUGGCAAUCUGUUGGGGGUGAUCAACAGGAGUCUGAUCAGAAGCAGCAGCCUUUGAUGAGAUUGACUGGGAUUAAGGAGAAUUCCAAGUUUCAAAAGAAAGAUGAUCCAUCAAUUGGGAUAAAGAAUAUUGUCAACAUAGCUAAGGAGAAAUAUGGAUUGAAGUAUGUUUAUGUCUGGCAUGCUAUAACUGGAUAUUGGGGUGGGGUUAGGCCCGGGGUGAAGGAGAUGGAGCAGUAUGAUUCAGUUAUGAAAUAUCCGAAUAUUUCUAAAGGUGUCAUGGAGAAUGAGCCUUGGUGGAAAACUGAUGUACUGGCUCUCCAAGGUUUGGGUUUGGUGAAUCCACGAAAUGUGUACAAGUUCUAUACAGAACUGCACAGUUAUUUGGCUUAUGCCGGCAUUGAUGGGGUUAAGGUUGAUGUGCAAUGCAUAUUGGAGACCUUAAGUUCUGGUUUCGGUGGCAGAGUUGAGCUGACCAGACAGUAUCAUCAGGCUCUUGAUGCUUCAGUUGCUAAGAGUUUUCCAGAUAAUGGCUGCAUUGCCUGCAUGAGCCACAAUACAGAUGCGCUUUACUGCUCCAAACAAACGGCGAUUGUGAGGGCAUCAGAUGAUUUCUAUCCACGUGAUCCUGUGUCGCAUACCAUUCAUAUUGCUGCAGUGGCAUACAACAGUGUUUUCCUUGGAGAAAUUAUGCAGCCUGAUUGGGAUAUGUUCCACUCACUCCAUCCAGCAGCCGAGUAUCAUGGUUCAGCUAGAGCCAUCAGUGGCGGUCCUCUUUAUGUGAGGUCUGUUCAAUUUUCAUAUUUCUUCAAUGCAGCUCUUUAUCUACAUGUUUCCUGUUUUUGUGUAUACAAAAGACAAGUGCAACUAAAAUGUUCUGCUUCGUGAAUCAUACAGAAUAUCAUUAUACUCGGUGGCCUUAAACUUUGAUUCUUCCUUAUUCUUGUAGUGAUGCUCCAGGGAAGCACAACUUCGAUAUUCUUAAAAAGCUUGUCUUGCCUGAUGGUUCGAUUCUACGUGCCCGCCUUCCUGGUCGGCCUACCAAAGAUUGUCUAUUCUCUGAUCCUGCCCGUGAUGGUCUGAGGUAGAGUUCUUGGCAUCAUUCUCUAUUUUAAAAUUAAGCUGAUGGCUUUUCUAGCUGAUGGCUUUCCAGUAAAAACUGUUUUUGUUAAUCCACUCUAGUGAUAGAUUUCAUCUAGUUUCUGACCGAAUUUUCAACUGGCAGCCUGUUGAAGAUAUGGAACAUCAACAAAUACACAGGAGUUUUAGGAGUAUAUAAUUGCCAAGGUGCAGCAUGGAACAGUACUGAGAAAAAGAAUACAUUCCAUCAAACUAAUCCUGAAGCCAUAACAGGCUACAUUAGGGGAUGUGAUGUACAUCUCAUCCACGAAGUCGCUUUAGAUCCUGAGUGGAGUGGUGAUUGUGCUGUUUACAGCCACCGGAGUGGUGAAAUCAUAUGUUUGCCACAUAAUGCAGCAAUGCCAAUCUCACUAAAGGUUCUUGAGCACGAAAUCUACACUGUGACGCCAAUUAAAACUCUGGCUCCCGGUUUCAGCUUCGCGCCACUAGGCCUCAUUAAUAUGUAUAAUGCUGGUGGAGCAAUUGAAGGGCUUAAAUACGAUAUUAAGUCUGGUGCUCAGUUGUCUGAAGGGGAAGGUGCGACUUUUGCCGGGGAGAGAGUUGAGAACAUCAGCACUGAAGCAGUAGCUGUUGUCCGGAUUGAAGCCAAGGGAUGUGGGCAGUUUGGUGCUUACUCAUCUGCUAAGCCUAGAAAGUGCAGAGUAGGUUCAAAUCUAGUGGAUUUCUCUUAUGAUUUAGACUCAGGAUUGGUUUCAUUUAACUUGGAUGAUAUGCCUCCAGAGGAUCAGAAAGUCCACCUGUUGGAGAUUGAGUUGUAAUCUAGAGUUGUUUUGCUCUAAGCUUCUACCAUUUUACAAUUUUCGGUGCAAAUUCUUGGAUCUUCAGGGUCUAAAAUAUUCCGAACUUAAUCGCAAUUGCCAUGGCAAUAUCAAAGAUAUGAAAGGGAUGCAUUGAGAUAGGAGAAUUUGUUUACCAAAAGGGAAUUUUUUUGGAGAAUUCAACUACUACGCCUACGCCUAUAUAUCCUAAAAUAAGAGUCAUGUUCUAAUAGUUUAGUUUAACGAAAAUAACUUCAAAAGAGGGAAUGCGUAUUUCUUUUUGGUAUGAGAAAUGUUAGUACUGUAUUUGAAAUGAGAAAUGGCUAAGUGAUAUAAGCAGUAUUUUUUUUAGUAGAUGAUUACAAUUGUGCAUAAACACAGGAACCAGUUAAUAGGGCCAGAGGGCGGGGGUUAAUACUGCCACCAAUUCAUCCACCCCAUGCAACAUAAAUUGCUUGUGUAAGAAUAAGAUAAUACAACAUCAAGUAAGAGAACUAAACUUAACACUAAAGUAUCAAACUUUCGUAGAUUUCCUUGUUGAUUUCUGCAAAGAAUGCGGAAAAAAUUGCCGCAAAUCAUAUACUCCCUCCAUUUAAAAAUAUAAGUCUUUUUAGACUAUGCACGUAAACUAAAGAAACAAUCAUCCAAUAAUUAAUUUAUGUGUCAAAUACUAUCUCUUUUAUCUCUUAUUAAUUGCAUUGUAACUAUAAAAAAACUAAAUGAAAAUAGAUUGGCAUCAUUUAUUGAGGGUAAA